GUUCGGCUUCGAGUAAUAGGAAUGAAAUUAAAAACAAAAUUCUGAUUCAGUUGUUCUCCAAAUCUUCACUGAGUUUUGCAGAAGAAAGGAGUUACCCUCCAGGGGAAAAAAAUGCUAAAGGGUUGAAUGUCCACUCAUUCCCCCGGCUUUGAAGGCAACAGGUUAUGCCUGACGCAUACUUAGACGUUCAGGAUGGGCAAGAGAGAGUAGUUGCUACUCUGUGGAUAAGAACAGAACAUGGGCAUGCGUCUUUCCGUCUCGUUUCUUCUUUUCCUGUCCGUCAUGUUCACGUGGAGCUUUUUGACCACUUCAGAUUUCCAAUGUCCAGGGAUCUGUGUGUGCUCUCCAAAGACGAUCAGAUGCAACCGUGCGACUGAACUAUCCCUUCCAGUAGCUCAAAGAGACUCAUACAGGCGACUGGUACUCACUCAUCUGUCUCUGAAGUGCAUCGCCAGACAUGCCUUUGAGGGACUGGGCGGGGUCGUGAGCAUCGAAAUCACACAGAGUGUCUCCCUGGAGAUGAUAGAAACCAGGGCAUUUGACAGCCUCCUGAAUCUCUCUGAAAUUUUGAUCCGGAACACCAAGCGGCUGGCACACAUCAGUCGACAGGCAUUCAGCAACCUCCCAAAGCUACAAUACCUGAGUAUCUCCAACACUGGAAUCAUCCAGUUUCCUGAUCUGUCAGCCAUUUCUUCACUGCAGUCUAAUUUCAUCCUUGACAUCUGCGAUAAUCUAAAUCUUCAGUUAAUUCCAUCAAACGCCUUCGUUGGGAUGACGAAGGACAAUACCGACAUGAACCUUUAUAACAAUGGAUUCAGAGAAGUACAGGAUCACGCCUUCAAUGGAACAAGGAUCAAUAAGCUGGUUUUAAAAAACAACAAAAAGCUGAAAACAAUUCACAGCGAUGCCUUUAAAGGUGCUUUUGGACCAAGUACACUGGAUGUUUCCUCCACAGCAGUGGAGGCCCUGCCGUCGCAGGGCCUGGACGCAGUGCUGGUGCUGGUGGCUUGAGGGGCGUACGCCCUGAAGAACCUCCCCUCACUGACAGGCCUGGAGAGCCUGCAGGAGGCACAGCUCACCUACCCCAGCCACUGCUGCUCCCUCAGAGAGGCAACUGUCUUUACUGGGUGGAGUAACGGAUCAGCAUUCUGCAAGGAUGUCAGUCUGUUAGAAAGGAUCCUGACUCUCAGUGCGGACUCACAGUUGGACCUGGUAUCCGGGUCCACAGGCCAGAGGCCGGAGAUCUACGGGAACAUAGACCUCCAUUACCCAGAGUUUGAUCUGUGCCGCUCCAGGAGGGUCCUCAGGUGCACGCCCGAGGCGGACGCCUUCAACCCCUGUGAGGACAUUGUUGGCUUCGGCUUCCUGCGGGUGGCCAUCUGGUUCAUCAACGUGCUGGCCAUCGCGGGCAACCUGAGCGUGCUGGUGGUGCUGUCCACCAGCCGGAGGAAACUGACCGUGCCGCGCUUCCUCAUGUGCCACCUGGCCUUCGCCGACCUGUGCAUCGGAGUCUACCUCCUCAUGAUCGCCGCCGUGGACCUGUGGACGCGCGGGGACUACAGCCGGCACGCCAUCGGCUGGCAGACGGGGCCCGGCUGCGGCGCGGCGGGCUUCCUGUCCGUGUUCGGCGGGGAGCUGUCCGUCUACACCCUGACGGCGGUCACGCUGGAGCGCUGGCACACCAUCACCAACGGCCUGCGGCAGGAGCGCAGGCUGGGCCUGCCCCGCGCGGGGGGCAUCAUGUCGGCCGGCUGGCUGCUCUGCCUGGCCGUGGCGCUGCUCCCCCUGCUGGGCGUCAGCAGCUACGGCAAGGUGAGCGUGUGCCUGCCCGCAGACAUCGACGCGCCCUCCGCCCAGGCCUUCGUCAUCCUCCUCCUGCUCCUCAACGUGGCGGCGUUCUGCGUCGUCUCCGCCUGCUAUGUGGGCAUCUACCGGGCGGUGAGGAAUCCCGAGUUUGCCGGCAGCAGGAGUUCCGAUGCGCGGAUGGCCAAGCGCAUGGCGGUGCUGGUGUUCACCGACUUCGUCUGCAUGGCGCCCAUCUCUUUCUUCGCCAUCUCAGCGGCCUUCGGGGCGCCGCUCAUCACCGUCACCAGCUCCAAGAUCCUCCUGGUGCUCUUCUUCCCCGUCAACUCCUGCGCAAACCCCUUCCUGUACGCCAUCUUCACCAGGGCCUUCCGCCGGGAUGCCUGCACUCUCCUGGGGAGGCUGGGGUGCGGCGAGGGGGGGCGUCGGAUCGGGGUGUCCUCCUCAGAGAACAAAGCGGGGAAGCGCAGCAGCUCUGUGGUGAAUAACGGGAUCCCCCGCACCGCGCUGAAAAUGUACAAAAUGUCACAGCAGGACCGGAAGGUUAACAACCGCGGUGAAUGCUGAUUGGAUUGUCCUCCCUCACCAAUCUGUUCUCUAUUUCAGUAUUGCGCUGUAGUUCAUUCAUUUUCCUUGUUUUUAUUCCUUGCACUUUAUUGAAAUGGUGUAAAAUAUUCUCCUGAAUAUCAAAUGUAAGAUUUAUUUUUAAAAAUGGGAACAGCUCAGGAGCUGUUGGCCCUUGUUUUUGCUCUGACUGCAUUGCUGCCCAUUGCUGCCACAUUCGGUUUCUUCAGUGGUUUUCUUCAAGUGAAUUAUCCUUGUUAGGAUAUCAAUAUGGCGGCACGGAUGGUGCAGUGGGUAGCACUGCCGCCUCACAGCAAGGAGGUCCUUGGUUUGAAUCCCUGUCGGCCGGGGCCUCUCUGUGUGGAGUUUGCAUGUUCUCCCCGUGUCUGCGUGGGUUUCCUCCGGGUACUCCGGUUUCCUCCCACAGUCCAAAGACAAGCAGGUUAGGCUGAUUGGAGAGUCUAAAUUGCCCAUAGGUAUGAGUAUGAGUAUGAGUAUGAGUAUGAGUAUGAGUGUGUGUGUGAGUGAAUGGUGUGUGUGCCCUGCGAUGGACUGGCGACCUGUCCAGGGUGUAUUCCUGCCUUUCGCCCAAUGUAUGCUGGGAUAGGCUCCAGCCCCCCUGCAACCCUGUUCAGGAUAAGCGGGUUAAGAUAAUGGAUGGAUGGAUGGAGGAUAUCAAUAUGUAAAUAUUGUACAGUUUAUGAAAAACAUUGUUGGUUUUACAUGUAAAUUAUGCUGGUUACAACUAUAUAUGUAUGUGCAAGAAAGAAGAGCUUUAAGAGAAAUAUAAUUUAAAAUUUCACAGUAAGCCAGUUACCUGUGUGCACUUGAGCUUUUCCAUACAUAUUUUAAACUACACUAAAAAAAUGAUUACAUAAGAAAAAUUAUGGACAGUGGUUGCUCACAGUAUACAUAUAUGGGGCUUCAACUGAUGAAGUACUUUUAGCCUACCAUGCAACCACUCACCAUAUACACUUAGUAAGCACUUGAUUAGGU